UCUCCGGAAGGACACCUGGGACUUGGGUUUGCGCCGACGCAGAGCUACCUCCAGGCGGAACCCGGGCGUGCGGGGCUCCUGCAACCUAAACACCCGGUGUGAAAGGAAGGUGGCCCCGGCGGGGCGGGGCGCAUGCGCGGCAGCUCCCCCUGGGGAAGGGCUGAGAGGCGGAGCGGGGCGGCCAGCUGUGAGCGGAGCGGAGCAGGGUCAGGAUGGACGAGGACGUGCUGACCACCCUGAAGAUCCUCAUCAUCGGCGAGAGCGGCGUGGGCAAGUCCAGCCUGCUCUUGAGGUUCACAGAUGAUACUUUUGAUCCAGAACUUGCAGCAACAAUAGGUGUUGACUUUAAGGUGAAAACAAUUUCAGUGGAUGGAAAUAAGGCUAAACUUGCAAUAUGGGAUACUGCUGGUCAAGAAAGGUUCAGAACAUUAACUCCCAGCUAUUAUAGAGGUGCACAGGGUGUUAUAUUAGUUUAUGAUGUCACAAGAAGAGACACCUUUGUUAAACUGGAUAAUUGGUUAAAUGAGUUGGAAACGUACUGCACGAGAAAUGACAUAGUAAACAUGCUAGUUGGAAAUAAAAUUGAUAAGGAAAAUCGUGAAGUUGACAGAAAUGAAGGCCUGAAGUUUGCACGGAAGCAUUCCAUGUUAUUUAUAGAGGCAAGUGCAAAAACCUGUGAUGGCGUACAGUGUGCUUUUGAGGAACUUGUUGAAAAGAUCAUUCAGACGCCUGGACUGUGGGAAAGUGAGAACCAGAAUAAAGGAGUCAAACUGACACACAGGGAAGAAGGCCAAGGAGGAGGGGCCUGUGGCGGUUACUGUUCUGUGUUAUAAACCCUGGGAACUCCCAUCUCUUUUGCAUAUUUCAUCAGAUAAUGUCAUCUUUCUGUAUAUAAACUCUGUAACUGCUAUUUUAGGGUCCUUGCAGUUUGCACAUAUUUGUUUCGUAUCAUGGCAGUAAAUAUUUGCGAGAAAUCCCACUUAUCGACUUUUCCAGGUAAAGCAUUAUGGUAAGCAUGCACAGUUUGCAAUCUGCAGUUUUUUAUGUAACAUAAAAUAGGUGUACCUUUAUAAGUACAUUUGAUUUUAUGAUUUACAUUCAUCAUGUGAUUUCUUAAAAAUCCACUUAUCUACUAUAUGUUGAUACAAGGUCUAUUUCUGGUCUCCUUUUCAUUUAAAUACUCAUCAAUUACUGAAUUAAUUGGUAUGUAGCACUCCUAGGACCACUGGGAGAUAUGCAGGUAUCAUCAAACCUGGCAAAUUUCCCUUCAGAAAUAACAAAGAGCGUGAUUCCAUAACUUUUCUAGGAUGUUUGCUGAUGGAUUCUCUUUUAGUACUAAGCAGACUUCUCUUCCAGGAUGUAGUCCAGGCCAAUUUAUAAUUAAAUCUCUGUUUGUUCUGAUGAUGCUUCUAAAAUAGCAUCGAUAUGUUAAAGAAGUUUGGUCUUACUUUUAAUUUAGUUCAAGAGUAGCUCAGUUGCUUAACUGGAGUAUUAAUUCUGUGAUAUGUACAUGGGAUUCAUGACCCUUUGUGCAGCAUUUUUGGUUAUGUGGUAUUUGACAGGAUGGCAAUAAGGUUUCCCAUUUUGUUUUCAGAAGGACAGGAAUAGUGUGUUUAUGUAACUAACUCAUGUAGUACUUACCACUUUUAAAAACAACACCUUUUCCCAUAAAUGUUGGUGGUGUUUGUCCAAGUACUUCAAUUGUAGCUUGUGUAAUGUUAAUGAAUAUCUGUAUCUUAUGACUUCCAUAAAUGGCUAGUUGAUACUCAAAAACCUACUUCUGUGUUUUGAGGGUUGGGGGAAAACACACUAAAUUAUAAUUUGAGAAAGGCAUAUUGCGUCCAGAUUUUGAUGUGUGUGGGAAAAUACUGUUGCAAUGAAAAUCUUGGUAAUUUACUGUAACAAGUAGCCAAUAGUUUAUCACAACCAACUUGUACAGACUAAUAAAUCUUUUCCACAGUAUUCAGUUUUCUAACCUCUUGCUAUUGUACACUGUAUAUUUUUUCACUCAUAUAUUUAAUUUACAUUGAUCUCUGCUAUUUUAAGCCUCCAGAUAAGUAAUUUGUCCUUUCAGGCAGGUUACUCUAAUACCCCUCAGUAAGAUUAAUAAGAAAUAUUAAUUUCUGGGCAGUUUGUUCUCUGUAUACAGUUGCAAAUGAUAAACAUUUUUGUGGGUCACCUUUGCAAUAUGUGUGAUAAUGGGCUGAAGUGUACAUCUUCACAUAGGAAAACCUUACACUCUACGUGGUUCACAGUUGUUAGACUACAUUACAUUUGAUUAAAGGUUUUCUGCAUUAUGUAUGUUUUUACUAAAUAUGAAACAUAUACUACUUUAAUGUUGGAGAAAGAUAGCUAACACAUGUACUUAACGAUUUGUUGUUACAUUAAAACUGUAGAUUUGUAUAUUUAUGUAGUUUCUGUAUUGACAUUUCUGUUUAUUGCUUUUUGCUCCUUGAACUAUAUAAUACUCUUUCUGUGCAUUGGAUUGUCUUGAUUUGGUCAGAAUUUGGAUACAUAUGAGUCACUUAACUUUUAACAAACAACUAAUUUUGUUUGAUUUAUAUUGUAACCUUUUAUAGUUUUUAAAUAAAUACAGCCUGCUUUCCCUA